UGUGCCUCUCCUGGGCAUGGAGGUGCCCUUCGUGCUGCUCUUCACUCGGCUGGUGGCAGAGGUCGCCAGCAAAUCCCCGGAGAGCUCGGUGUCAGAAACAGAAUGCUGUGUGGAUAUGUUGGACUCCAACAGCUCCUGUCCAGUGUCCAACCAGUGCAGCCCAGGUUGCUACAGAAGGUGGAAUGAGGAUGGCAGCAGCAGCUGCAUUAAGUGCAAAAAUGAAUCCCUUCCUGUCUCCUCUGGGCACAACCUGACUGAAUGCAGAAGCUCUGGCAGCAGAGGGAUGAGUUCCCACAUGAACAUGAGCACUGUAACUCCCUUCCUGCAGAGCAUAGGUGGCCCAGAAGUAGCAGCUUCCCUCAUCCUGGGGACCUUUUUCAUCAGCCUCUUCCUGAUUCUCUCUGUUGCUUCUUUCUUCUACCUCAAACGUGCCAAUAAACUUCCCAACAUCUUCUACAGGAGAAACAAAGCUUCUGUUCUCCAGCCCAGUGAAACAGCAUCCAUGAUACCUCCCCCAGCUUCCUCAGUGCGGAAGCCGCGGUACGUCAGGCGCGAGCGCUCGCUGGUCACCUCCGCCUCCGCUGCCAUCGUCGCCGCCUCUGAAACCAGGGUCAGCAACGUUUGA